GAGGCCUCCAAAAGCCUGGGGCUCGACAAGGCUACCGAGGCCCAAAGUGUUAGCCACAUGCCGGGGGAGAAAGUGCAGCAGGCAGGCUGUCUCAGGGUGAGGGUGGAGGGGAGCGUUUUCACCGCGGAACGGUCACUGCUGACGCAGUGCAGUGAGUACUUCCGCGCCCUGUUCCGGUCCGGCAUGCGGGAGGGUCAGCAGGAUGAGCUGCAUCUGAAAGGAGGGGUGAGUGCACAAGGCUUCCUGAUUGCGUUGGCCGUGUGCCGGGAGGAGAAGCCGUCCCUGCAGGACCCGGAUCAACUCAUUGAUGCCGUGGAAUGUGCUGCUUUCCUCCAGGUCACUCUACUGUCCCAGCAUCUCUGUGAUAUCGUUGACUCGGACAACUGUCUCCUGCUCUACCAAGCGGCGGCCGUCUUCGGUCUACACGACCUGUUCCACAGUGCGGCCGUGUUCUUCCGAGAUGCCUAUUGUGACCUAAAGGGGGCAGCGGCGAGCGUUCUUCCUGAAGAGCUGGUGCAGUACGCUGAGUCGUUGUCACCGGCGUCUUUCGUGGCUCUGGGAACUCAUUCGCCCUCUACGGAGACGAUGAAGGACUCCUUCAGGACUGUGUGUUACCUGGAUGAGGAGGAGGGGCACUGGGAGCACCUGACAGACCUCCCCACAGACGCAAGCACCUCCAUGGCGGGCGUCGCCGUCCUGGACAACCGCCUGUACAUUGUGGGCGGGGUCUACGGCUAUGGCAAAGAGACGGUGGACUGCGGCUUCUGCUACGACCCAGGGACGGGCGAAUGGAGCGUCAUUCCCGGACCCCAGCAACCACGGGCCGACUUCAACCUCCUAGGGCACGCGGGGAAGCUGUACGCCAUCGGCGGUGAGCACCAGAAAAAGAUCACGUCCUCCUCCGAGGCGUACGAGGUAGCCACAGGAGAGUGGCGGUUCGUCCGGUCCGCACCGAAGCCCGUGACGGCUGUGGCAUGCGCUGUGGCUAGAAGGCGCGUGUUUCUGUGUUUCUGGAGGCCGCCGGACACCACGGACAUCUACGAGUAUGUUCCGGCCAAGGACGAGUGGACAUUAGCCACCACGAUGAUAAAGCCGCAGAGCUACGGCCACUGUAUGGUGGCCCACAGGGACAAUUUGUACGUGAUGCGCAACGGGCCCUCGGACGAUUUCCUACGAUGUGUCAUGGACCGCUACAAUAUCACCACCGGCCAGUGGACCGCAAUGCCAGGGAGUUACAUCAACAGCAAGGGGGCGUUGUUCACCGCCAAGGUCAGGGGCGACUCGGUGCUCACGGUCAAACACCAACUGACUUUGGAGUACACCAUCGCCGGGGACAGGUGGAAACCCCGUCGGGAGAUGAAUAAAGGCUUUCCCAAGAGUGGCUCGUUGUGGACUUGCCUCCUGAGGCUUCCCAGGACCGGACCGGUUAACGCGCGGGCAGCCGAAGGGGGGUUAGGGAGAGAGAUUGGAGGAAGGAGGUGGGUGGCAUUGUCAUAUAGAGCAGAGCCGUUACUGGAAAACUUAUUAGAACUCUGAAAUGACUCUGAAAUGACUCUGAA